CACAUCCAUUGCAUUUAACAGUCUGAAGAUAAAGCUACAAAUAAAUGUGCUGGAGGUGGCUGUGAGUUUGGGCAGGGAUAUGGAAGCCACAGAACACUUGUUGAAUGUGAGGCAUCUCUAGAUAUGCUGAUGUUUUUUUUCUUAUUUAGGAGGUUUACAACUGAAAUUUAAAUAUUUAAGGUGAAGUACAUGACUGACCUCAUCCAGCUUGCCUUCUAAGCAAGGUCCCACAGUUUGUCAGUGUAUUACUGUACAGUUUCAGCUCCUUGUAGCCUCUUUGUUCUCAACACACUUUCAUCUCCAAUUCCGUCUCUUAUUUUUGCACUCUGUAUUGUUUUGCUACAUCCUUCCCAGCAGACAGGAUUUCUGGAACAAAUCUGACUUCCAGCAUUCUCAAAGAAAGAGAGAAAAAAAGAAAAAGCCCCAGACAGUUAUGUUCUGCAGCUGAUCAAGGAGUAAAGGAGGAGGAGGGGGAGGAAGCAAGUUUUAUGAUUCUUGCAUAGGAUCGCUUUAAUGCAUUAUUUGUAACUCAGCUGAAUGUUACUUAUAUCCUGAUCCCAAUAAAUUCAUAUCUAGCAUCCAUAACAGUGGGUGCCAGCACCUACAAAUAUUAGGUAUUGCUUAGCUAGACAUCUUACUAGUGCAAGAUUUAAGAGAAAGAGAUGCAGCAUAGUUCCUAAACCAAGUGGACAACAGGAGUAGAACAAGGAAGAACAUUCUGUUCUGCUUCACAGCAGGUACUGUCACCAGGCACUGAGCAGGCACUCAGUGCAGUAGGUCCAGUGGUUCAUAACAGUUAAUUUACUGUGCACAGGACACUGAAUGACAAUGCUGAAGCUGCUCAGGGUAGUUUGAGAGCCGUGAAGCGAUUGGGCUGAGUGCUCAUUGUCAGGUCUCUUUACAUCAGCCAUUUUAAAAGGCGUUUUGGGGAAGAAGGUCCAUGUCAGAACUCUUAAAAACCCUUCUCAUCCCUUUUUGACCUCAUCCUCACCUACCUUCCUUUCCACCUACCCUUGCAAAAAAACCCAGAAAGUCUUACUUUAUAAACAUAGUUAAAUGUAUACUCCUGCUGGGGAAACUUGGCUUGGAAAAUACACUUUACUGUGGAUGCAGUUCCCCCAAGUUAGGCUUGUUUUAAUGUUCAUUUGUGCAGUUCCCCCAAGUUAGGCUUGUUUUAAUGUUCAUUUGUGCAGUUCCCCCAAGUUAGGCUUGUUUUAAUGUUCAUUUGUAUUAUCUGUGUGGAGUUCCUUUGGUAAUUUAAGACUGUUAUAUUGCAUGACUCAUCUUCCAGUGAAGGCUAAAGCAACCCAUGUACAUAUUACUGUACAGCUUCCUAAAUCUUCGAGUAACUGGUAACUGUUAUCUUGAAUUGGAAUUUUCUGGAGGGCUUGAUUUUUCUUUUUGUAGCUCUCAGGCAUUUCUCAUGUUUUAAGAAUAAUUACAUCUCUGCUGAACUUUCUGCUUUUGUGUGUGACCUGUGAUAGUGAGCAAUUCUGGCAUUGUUGUUGUCAGACCAAUUGCUGGCUCUUAAAAUAUGAUAGUUAAUAACUGAAGGGGAACUCAGAUUUCAAAAUACCAAGAAUAUGCUAGAUAUUUAAUAUUAAAGAGAUUUGGGGAACAUAAUAAAGCCAUUUAAUUCAAAAGGAAGGUUUAAUUAGAGAGUGGGAAGAUGUGCAGAAUAAAAAUCUGUGAAGGUGAGAAUAGCUUGGGAGCUUUCCCUGAUACAGCCGACCAGCUGGUGGGAUCUUUUUACAUCAGUACUGUAAUUAGGUGGAGUGAUGCUGUAACAGUGAUAAGCCGUGGGAGCACACAGGGAGACUUCCUCAGCUCCUACGAGCUAAAUCCUGGAAUUUCACUGUACUGCUGCUGUCAUAUGAACAGUGUUAGAGGGCUGGUAGAAGGCGUGUAUCAGAUGAUACCAUCUGCUUUUCUCCUCCCGUUGGUUUGCUUUUUGUUCAUUUGGUAGGUCUGAGCUGUUCCUUCUGGGGUGAUCUAGUUUGAUCACACUGAGCCAUCCAUCUUUGCCUCAAUUUUAACCUGCGUACUCUUUCACAUGUGUGUGCUUUCUGUACUCAACUCACUGCUUUACCAGGUUGGUUCAAAGCUUAUCUCCUGCCACAAGCUGGUUCUAGCUUGUGUCAUCCCUUACUUCAGAGCCAUGUUUCUUUCGGAAAUGGCUGAGGCCAAGCAGAAGUUGAUCGAGAUCAGGGACUUUGACGGCGACGCGAUAGAGGACCUGGUGAAGUUCGCGUACUCCUCGCGGCUCACGCUGACGGUGGACAACGUCCAGCCCCUCCUGUACGCUGCCUGCAUUCUGCAGGUGGAACUGGUGGCAAAGGCCUGCUGUGAAUACAUGAAGCUGCACUUCCACCCCUCCAACUGCCUGGCAGUCAGGGCGUUUGCCGAGAGCCACAACCGCAUUGACUUGAUGGACAUGGCCGAUCAGUUCGCUUGCGAGCAUUUCGCAGAGGUCAUGGAGUGCGAGGACUUUGUGAGCGUGUCACCGCAGCACCUCCAUAAACUCCUGUCCUCCAGUGACCUGAAUAUUGAAAAUGAAAAGCAAGUUUACAACGCUGCUAUCAAGUGGCUGCUGGCCAAUCCACAGCAUCAUGCCAUGUGGCUGGAUGAAAUACUUGCACAGGUACGGCUGCCUCUCUUGCCCAUUUGUUUCCUUAUGGGCGUUGUGGCAAAGGAAGAGAUUGUCAAGCAGAAUCUAAAAUGUAGGGAUUUGCUGGAUGAAGCGAGAAACUACCACCUUCACCUGAGCAGCAGGGCAGUGCCUGACUUUGAGUACUCCAUUCGCACAACACCAAGGAAGCAGACUGCUGGUGUGCUGUUCUGUGUCGGAGGCAGAGGUGGAUCAGGUGACCCCUUUCGCAGCAUUGAGUGUUACUCUAUCAGUAAGAACAAUUGGUUCUUCGGCCCUGAAAUGAACAGCAGGAGGAGGCAUGUGGGUGUGAUCUCUGUGGGAGGUAAAGUCUACGCGGUAGGUGGACAUGAUGGAAAUGAACACUUAGGAAGCAUGGAAGUGUUUGAUCCUCUCACAAACAAGUGGAUGAUGAAGGCAUCAAUGAACACAAAGAGGAGAGGAAUCGCUCUGGCCUCCCUUGGCGGCCCCAUUUACGCGAUAGGAGGUCUGGAUGACAACACCUGCUUCAGCGACGUGGAGAGGUACGACAUCGAUUCCGAUCGGUGGAGCACAGUCGCCCCUAUGAACACUCCCCGGGGAGGAGUCGGCUCCGUGGCCCUGGUGAACCACGUUUAUGCUGUGGGGGGCAAUGACGGUGUAGCAUCUCUUUCCAGUGUGGAGAAAUACGAUCCCCAUUUGGAUAAGUGGAUAGAAGUGAAAGAAAUGGGUCAGCGAAGAGCUGGGAAUGGUGUCAGCGAACUCCACGGCUGCUUGUAUGUUGUCGGUGGCUUUGAUGACAACUCCCCACUGAGCUCGGUGGAGCGGUUUGACCCCCGCAGUAACAAAUGGGAAUACGUGGCAGAGCUCACAACUCCGAGGGGUGGUGUUGGCAUCGCGACGCUGAUGGGAAAGAUUUUUGCAGUUGGAGGUCAUAAUGGCAACGUGUACCUGAAUACAGUGGAAGCAUUUGAUCCCAUAGUGAAUAGGUGGGAGCUCGUGGGCUCAGUGUCACACUGCCGGGCAGGGGCAGGCGUGGCCGUGUGCUCCUGUCUCAGCAGCCAGAUCCGGGAUGUGGGCCAAGGAUCCAGCAAUGUUGUUGACUGCAUGUGAGCUCUGCUGCCUUCUCCAAAUUCCAAAGGAAUGGUAAUAGGGAGGCACUGCAGAGCUUUUAAACACUGUGUUUUGUAUGGUAGGUUAAGAAAUCAAUCCAGUACAUUUUCUUUGUGAAAAUGGUACCUUCUGCAGCUGUAAAGCUUUUGGUGACUUUUUAUCAAUAGUGAUACAGAAAAGCCUGUGAUAAUUUGGAAUAAAAGUAUGACUCACAGGAAAAAAACCUGCCAAGAGCUGCAAUCAUCCCAUUUUUGAGAAGCUGUAAUUUCAGAAUCAUUUGAGGCAGCUGUUGCAGGGACUCAUUAUUACAGGAACUGUAAACCAGGCAUGGGGAGAGGAGAGGGCAGAAAUUGUUACUGCUGAACUUCACCCAACAGCCCUGCUACAUGUUUCCUGGAGGACUCGAGUGCCAUUUAAUAUAACUUAUUUUCUGGAAUGGAGUCUUAAACAUUUCCUAAUUGUACAAGAGCUUUGUAACACAAGGCAUCUCAAGUUUUAAAAGGUAACGACAUCCUUGGUGCACAAUAAAAUAACUGAUGCAGAGAAGUUCACUGCCCACCUCCCAAGGGACUGCUGGCAGCAGUGGAACUAAGUCUGAAAACUGUCUUUGAAAGUAGUUUCUUGAGGUAGUACUCGUUAGAAAACUGAAAAGAUUCUUGACCUGAGUUUAGCCACUGGAAUACUGGAAUUCUUUAGUCUUGGAUAAAAUUUGUAGUUAAUACCUCUCCUCUCCAAAGGUGAUUUUCUGUUCAGAGAUCAUUCCUGAAGUAACAGGUGUAGUUUGUCCUACUCUGAGAUGACAGUGUGUGAAAAUGUAGGCUUCAGUGGUCAUUGAAUCACCAUCUUUAUAUGAAAUGGAAGUGCAUAAUAAAAUUUUCAGUAAAGACUCAACCAGUAUCAGUAUCCAGUAGCAGCUCUGGUAGUUCUCGAGGUACUGGCUCUUUUAAGAAAGUAGAUGGAUAGCCUCAAAACAGGUAGAUGAUGAAAAGCUUACAUAAACCAAAGAGAAUCAGCAACAGAAAUAAUUGGAAAUAAACCAGUACUUACCUAAAGAUAUCAAAAUAGGAAUUUGACAGUCCUGCAUACAGACACAUCUCAUUAUGCAAUCAGAAACGCUGAAUUCCGAGUAAGGUCCAUCUGGAAAUACUGCAGAUUCCUGUUCCUGCAUCCUCUUGAAAGACCAACAACUGACAAUCCUUUGUGACCAAAGUUUCACGUUACCAGGUUGUUUGUUCCCAGUGACCAGGGAGAGCAGCAAACUUCUCUGCAUUCAGGCCCGGGGAAGAGGCAGGACAGCACGAGCGUAAGGCACAGCCACGUUUUGCUGCUGAGUUACCGUGGUUUAGCUUUCCUGUCCGAAAUGGCUUGCACUUUGGUAGCACCCAGGGACACAGUGAACGGUACUGUAAAUAAUGAAACAUUGCAAUAAAACAUUUGUACUUCAAA